AUGGGUAUUGGCCAUGCGACCUUGUUGGCCGAGUUCCGUGAUCAAGAAGACGGAGCCGGAGAACGGGAGACCUGCAUUGCACACCGUGGCGUCGACCGUUCUGGUUUGUCCUUCGGGGCCAACCCUGGCGGAAUUUUUGAUAACCAACCCUCUUUUUUCAUUGUGCUCAUCGCCUUGUGUGGUGUCAUGAAGAAGAAUUGA